AGAACUGGAUCUUUCAUGAUUAGAAAGAGCGAAACAACAAAAGGUUUAUAUUCCUUGUCAGUUCGGCACGUACAGGUGAAACAUUACCGAAUCUUCCGCCUGCCGAACAACUGGUAUUAUAUCUCUCCUCGGCAAACUUUCCAGUGCCUGGAGGACCUCGUCAAUCACUAUUCAGAGGUCUCCGACGGUCUCUGCUGCGUCCUCACGACUCCCUGCCUCACUCAACACACUACCACGGAUGAAGUCAGGAGCCAGGAACCACCCGUGGUGAUGCGCGACAAAAACUUCACGUGGAAGGAUAAGCAGAGGUCGAAGGAGAACAACGAGGACAUUUCGACCUUGCUCAGAAUGGAAGACUCUGGCCUUAGCUACGGACUCCGGGACAGCAUCGCUUCCUAUCUCGCCCUGACCAGUGAAACAGACUCUUCCUAUGUGAGCCACAGAAAAAAGAAAAGCAAGUCUGUCAUAUAUAGGCAGGACAAACCCCUCUCGCCACCACCGUUCCUUUACCACGAGCACUGAACCUGAGAAAACAGAGGACUGGUACUGAGAUACUCCACAGUCAACCGCUAGCACGUUUGCGCCUCCGCAAACGCCACGCCUGUCGGAUGCCAAGCAACCAGUGGGAGGGUUGUGGGGGGAGGCGACAUCCUGGGAGAGAAAAAUUUUAAAAGAAAAAAUAAGGCCUUGGCUACUUACUGAAGU